AACAUUUGUCAGGUUCGCAAAUUUUCUGCUGAAAAUAAUUUACCACCAAGGGCACUAUUGCUGAUUGACAACUGUGCUGCACAUAAGCCAAUUGACAAGUUACAGUCAGAUGAUGGAAACAUUGCGGCAAUGCUUUUACCACCUAACGUGACAGCUGUUUUGCAGCCCAUGGAUCAAAAUCCCAUAAGACUGGUCAAGUUAGAAUACCGGGCUAAACUGUUAUGGAACAUUGUAGCACAAGAAAACAUUCCGGUUGAGAAUAUUUUGAAAGGACAUUCAAUUCGUGAUGCCAUCUUGCUGCUUAAAUUAACAUGGGAUGAAUUGCCAAGAGCUGUGCUUAUAAAAGCUUGGAAAAAUAUAAAACAGUGGGAUGAUGAUCAAUACGACAGCGAAGACGAAAUUCCAUUGCUUACAUUGAUUAGAUCAAAUAGGUCUCACGAUGAUACACUUCGAGAGGUACAAUCGUUAUUGUCCAAGGUGGGUGGUGUUGACGUCAGCAGUGAAGACAUCGAAAAUUGGAACGACGACCAAAAUACGGAAGAUGAUGAAGAUUUCGAAGUGUCUGACAAUGAAGAUGAAGAACCAGUUGUCGAGGAAGAUAUGCAACAACAGAAAGUCAGUUUUUCCGAAGCAGUUGAUUGCAUCAAUACCUUGAUAAAGUGGUAUGAAAACAAUAAUGAUGCAAAUCAGAUAUCACAUCUUAUUAAUAUGCGUACGAAAAUUGUCAGGAGCUAUUACACAAAAGAAAAGAAACAAACAAGUCUCGACCGCUUCUUUAAACCAGCCCUUACAAAUUAAUAUGUACAUAUGUAUGUGCGUAUAAUGUGAAAAAGUACAAACUAAAUUUAAGUGUAUGUUUUGUUAAGAGUAAAAGUCAGUCAUGCAAAUAAAUUGAACGUAUUAUAUCACCAAAAUUAUGUUUAUUUCCGUGUUUUUUUUUUUUCAAAAUCGAAA